AUGGAAGACAGUGAGAUUGUUAGAACCGAUAAUAAUGGAGAAAGGAAGAUGUACAAUGAAAAGAGCACAAGAGACCAGAGACCAGUGGGAAGUGGCAAAAGGAGAAUCUGCAAAACACUUGGAUAUCUAACAGGAGAAAUGAAAGAGUGUGGAGACUGGCUGAAAGAUAAACCUCUAGUUGUUCAGUUUAUUGACUGGGUCCUGCGGGGAAUAUCCCAGGUGAUGUUUGUCAACAACCCACUCAGUGGGCUACUUAUUCUAGCCGGACUGUUGAUCCAGAAUCCUUGGUGGACGCUCACAGGCUGUUCAGGAACAGUUGUCUCGACGUUAACGGCAUUUAUUCUGAGCCAGGACAGAUCGGCCAUAGCAGCGGGACUGUUCGGCUACAAUGGAGUCCUGGUGGGACUGCUCAUGGCGGUGUUCUCUGACAAAGGAGACUAUUAUUGGUGGCUUCUACUGCCAGUUGUUGUUACAUCCAUGGCUUGCCCAGUUCUUUCCAGUGCUUUAGGUUCAGUCUUCAGGAAAUGGGACCUUCCUGUUUUCACCCUGCCUUUCAACAUUGCCGUGUCUCUUUACUUGUCUGCCACUGGACACUACAACCUCUUCUUCCCCACCACUCUCAUUCAGCCUGUAACAUCAGUGCCCAAUAUCACCUGGUCUGAAAUCGAAGUGCCACUGCUGCUACAAUCCAUUCCAGUCGGCAUUGGUCAGGUGUAUGGCUGUGAUAAUCCCUGGACUGGUGGCAUCUUCCUGGUUGCUUUACUCAUCUCCUCUCCACUUAUUUGCUUGCAUGCUGCAAUCGGAUCAGCAGUGGGGAUGCUGGCAGCGCUGAGCAUUGCAAUGCCAUUUGACAGGCUCUACUUCGGCUUGGCGAGUUACAACUGUGUGCUUGCUUGCAUUGCAAUCGGAGGCAUGUUCUAUGCUCUUACCUGGCAGACACACUUACUGGCACUUGCCUGUGCAUUAUUUUGUGCCUAUGCUGGAGCAGCUCUUGCCAAUAUCUUGUCUGUGAUUGGAUUACCAGCCUGCACCUGGCCUUUCUGCUUCUCUGCGCUUCUCUUUUUGCUCCUAACUACAAAUAAUUCCGCAAUCUACAAGCUGCCACUCUGCAAAGUCACUUAUCCAGAAGCCAACCGAGUCUACUACCUGAGAAUGAAAAGAAGAGAGCAGAAACCCACUGGUGAUUAG